AUGCAGCCAGCCGUGUGCCGCAGGAUGCAAAGCAAGAUCAGCGGCGGGCGGAAACGGAUGAACGCUACGGGCGAACCUAUGCAGGUUGGCCUUGUUCCUGGCGAGCCGCUAAGUCCCGUGUCCGAGCGGACAACGGUCAAGAAACAGGAUGAAGUUCCCACCACUCCUAACGUGGAGUGCACGCGUGCGAAUCCUGCCACACCUGGGGUCUCAACGCCUGAAGAGACGUUGGCGCCUAAACCAUGCCGUGCAUUUCUCGGCUCACCAGGAGGCGCUAGCCUUGCAGAUUCGAAUGCGGCGGCUGACGAACCGGAGCAGGAAUUGAGGAAACUAUUCCAUGGCCGACACGAGGAGGCCACGCUCUGGCUACGGAGAUUUUCGCAGUUUCAGAUGUUUCAGAUGUUCCUGUGCCCAGCUAUGCCAUCCUGUGCCCAGCUACUAGGUGAUGUCGUCCACUCGGAACAGAAUCGCCCACUGAGCUCCAUCAGCACCAGUGCUGGGCCGACUCCAAGUCCCGAUGGCCGAACGAGUCCUGGCUUCACCCCAUCCUCUGCUGGUCCAGGGCGGCGCGGAAACUACGCUGGCAAGUUGAGAGCUCUCCAAAGUGAUGCGGGGCGAGAUGUUUCCAAGGCUCUUCCCGCACAGGUUCGGAAGGUCUUUGUUGGUGGAAUUCCUCAGGAUAUGCAGCAGGAGGGCCUCACACAGCUCUUCAGCGAGUGGGCCCCAGUCAAAAAGGCUUGGGUGCAGCGCUUCAAAGAUGUCACCAAGUCGAAGGUGACCCAAACUACCCACAACCACCGUGGUUUUGGCUUCGUGAUUUUCCAUGACACCAGCGCUGUUGACCAGAUCCUGGGCAACGCAGACUCAAAGUUCAUUAAGACAAAAGAUGGGCACCACCAGCUUGAAGUGAAGCGUGCCAUCAGCAGCUCUGAGAUGCCUGAUGGCGCGAGGCAAGCCCCUGAUGACUCUAAUCCUUCAAAAGGACGUGGUUUUCAGCAAAAGUCGCCGCCCGUGGUCUCUGAGCCUGUCUUGCGCUGA